UCUACACAGAGUUAAACAGAUGCCGCCUAAAAAGGUUAAAGCUGAAAGUACAAAUACUAAGCCUAAGAAGAUUGAUAAACUUACUCCGAAAGAGGCUAUUCUUGAUUACCAGAUUAGCAAUCUUCGCGAGCUGAUUUCUAGGCUUCAUUUUAAACGAGAAUCACUUCGAAAUAUUCUGACUGAGAAAUUGGACGACCUAAGGAGGCUUAAAGAGCAAGGCGAAAUUUUGUUCAAAGAAACAUCUUUGAAGCUGAUAGAGUUUUCAAAUGUGGAGAAACCGAAAGUGUCGAGUGAUGAUACAAAAUUAUAUCUGCUUGAAACUUGGAAGAUUCGAGAUGACGAAGUAAAAGGAACCAACUCGAUUGAAAACGAAAUAGAACUUACAAAACGCCUUGUGAAAGAUGUAAUAAUGGAGCUGAGAGAGUGGAAGACCUAUUCCAAUGAAACCAGAAAAUUAAAUGAUAUGCGCAUCCGAACACUUGAAAAAGAGUACAUCAACAUGAAAGACCGUUUUCAGUCCAUGGUUAAACAUUUAGCUAACACAGAGAAUCAGAGGGAACAGCAAGUUCGGGUGAAAAUCGAAGGCUUUUCAGAGAAUAUCAGGAAUUCAACAGUGGAAAAUCUAGUCAACAAGUUAAAUAAAACAUUCUCUCAACAAAUGCUCCAAAACAAGUGGCUAGUAAUAGAGAAUAAAUCACUUGCAGAGAAAAUAGAACAAAUUUCCAGUGAAAUUGAUAUUCUACAGAAAAAGAACUUGGAGGCUGUCGGAGAAAUCUUUAACAAUAACUUGCCUCACAUAAUGAUGCCUUUAUCCUUUAGUGACAACCAGGUGACCGAAACGGAUAACCUCCACACUAGUGACACUUUCGACUUAGGGAUAUGCCACAGGAUGUUUGAAUUUACAAGUAACCAGGGUAACUCGAAAUGA